AUGCUCAUAAAAGAUAAAAUUGAAAACUUAGAGCUAAAGAGAAAAAGGGAAGUAACGGAAGAACAUGCAGAGCGUGACAAUGUAUACUUCGUUGAUCCAUCGGGGGAAAGUGUUCCACUCCUUGAUAUGAUUCGGAGAGGAGAGUUCGUCGCUUUAUAUGGUGCGCGCGCUUCAGGAAAAUCCACGCGCGUGAUUCAAGCUAAGGAACAGUUGAUACGCGAAGGCUUUAUUUGUGUUUACAUAACUCUCGAGAUGAUUAACAUAGAAUCUGUAGAUAAAUUCUGGAUAUCGCUAAGCCAUUCAUUUGAAACUAGUGUCGCUUCCAAUAUCAACUUUACUGGUAUCAAAUCCGCUAGUGAAUUCGCUAGAUUACUUGGGAAAGACAGGUGUAAACAAAAGGUCGUUUUGUUUGUCGAUGAGUAUGAUGUAUUGUAUGAAGCAAGUGAUGAAGUUAGAACCUCAUUCCUUGGGAUCAUCCGCGGCAUAAAAAACGCAAAAGAUAGUUAUUCUCUCUGGUCCUCCGUGGCCAUCGGUCCUUUCAGCAUCUUACAUUUGAGUUCAAACAAAAGUAUGUCGCCAUUCAAUGUGAAGGAUCCAUUUCCAAAUCCAAAUUUCACGAAGGAACAAGUGCAGUCAUUGUAUAGAGACUUUGCACAAGACUACGAGUUCACCAUUGAUCCAGCAAUCAUUGAGGACAUUUACACGCGAACAAAUGGGCAUGCGGGCCUUGUAUGUCUUUGCGGAAAAGCUAUUUAUGUACAUUUAUUGAGAAAACUUGAUGAAAGAAGAAGGCUUGACUCCUUAACCUGGUUGAAUUUCACCAUCAAUUCAUUGCAAAAAUCAGUGCUUGAUUAUGCCACCUUCAGAAAGAUGGUCCAUACACUUACCAAAGAUAAAGCCAGGCAAGCUAUGCAGCUUGUUCGAUCUGCAUUCAUAGGAUACUUUGAUUUAGUACACAUUGUUGACAAUGAAGAAAGAAACUUUGCAGAAUUCUUAACAGCUGAGGGUGUACUACUUAGGGAUGAAGAGAGCAAAGAUAGAUUUAAAAUGUCAUCUGUUCUUGUAGAUGAGCUCAUUCGGCAGAGAGUCAUUCCUGAAUUAUUCAGGUCCACUCCAACAGUUGCAGUUCCUGAAACACGUGAUGGAUUCCUUGAUAUUAUCAACAUUUUGAAGACAGUUGUUCAGUUCUUUGACCAAGACAUCAUUUCCCGAGCAUUCUAUCGGUCAUUUAAAACAGCACGUGAUGUAUAUGUGAAUGGUCAGAAAAACAAACGUGUUCCCCGAGAAAGCACCUAUGAUACAGAGAUGAACAGAAUCUUAAUCAAUUGGAUUUCCAAACAACGCAAUUUUGAGGUCACUUCUCAGUGGCAUUUAGUAGAAUAUUGUGUCAAUGAAAAAGAUAAACACACAUAUAGUGAUAUUGUAGUCAAAACUCCAUCUCAGACGGUUGUUUUGGAACUUCUAGCUACUGCGACCAGAACACAACUCGACGAACACUUUGUGCGAGCAAUUGAAUAUGGGAACAAGCUAUCCGCGGAAGAAGUUUGGAUAGUACAUUUCACAUGUGAGGAUAAUUCAACCCAAAAUCCUUAUUAUCCAUCUAAGGCAGAACUUUGCAGACUUAAUAUUGUACACUUCUUGCAUGAUGAAUGGUUUAAAAAUGUGCGAAUGAGUGCUCGAUUCAUGGAUAGCUCUGAUAACUUUAGUUAUAUUAAUGACUCACUGAUUGUACUUAACAACAAUCUUAGUUAA